AUGCAGCGAUUCUGGGAUUCCGCCCUGCGCCUAGACCCUUCCACUGGCGAUGAUGCCUCCAGUGUGCGUAGCAUUGACUUCUGGGAUGCAUCUCGCGCUGGCUCUGUCUCCUCCAUGCCCAUCUCCCGCCCCGCUCGCCCUCCUUCCCUCCUUGCCACACCACCUGCACCUGCACCAGCCGCAGCAGCAGCAGGAGGAGGGGCAGGAGGGGCGGGAGGAAGAAAGGGAGAUGCAGGGCCAGGGAAGGGCACACCAGGAGCAACAACAGCCUCUCAUGCGGACCCCACAGCCGCAACCAGCGGCGUCACGGGCGUGGGGGGUGGUGCAGGCGGGGAGGGAGCGGUGGGGUACGGUGGAGGGGGGUUGGUGGCGGGAGGGCUGGGUGACAUGCGGUUUGCGUUCAAGAUGGAGGACAGGCGGGGGCGCGUGCACCGAUUCACAGCUGGGCGGGAGAGUGUGACGGAGCUCAUCUGUGCAGUGGCGUCUCGCCUGGGACCCGACUAUGACCCCAACAACCCGCCUGCUGUCAUGUACGAGGACGAGGAGGGGGAUAAGGUAGUGCUAUCCACGGAUGAGGACCUGCAAGCUGCCGUCACCUUUGCCCUCGCCUCCAACUGCAAGGGCAUAAAGCUGCAUCUGGACUUCUCGGAUCCGCAACCACCUCCCCAGCUGCACCAACAGCACCAACAGCACCAACAGCAUCAGCAGCAGCAGCAGUACAAUCCAUACCCCAACCGCCAUUGCUGCCGCCGCACAGCAGCAGCAGCAGCAGCAGCAGCAGCAGCAGCAGCAGCAGCAGCAGCAGCAGCAGCAGCAGCAGCAGCAGCAGCAGCAGCAGCAGCAGCAGCAGCAGCAGCAGCAGCAGCAGCAGCAGCAGCAGCAGCAGCAGCAGCAGCAGCAGCAGCAGCAGCAGCAGCAGCAGCAGCAGCAGCAGCAGCAGCAGCAGCAGCAGCAGCAGCAGCAGCAGCAGCAGCAGCAGCAGCAGCAGCAGCAACAGCAGCAGCAGCAGUCACAACAGCAGCAGCUGGAAGUGGCCUUACUCCCCAUCCCCACUCUCCCACCUUUCUCCGCCCCACUCUCAUCCUCACCCGGCCCCCACUCCCCAUACCAACAGCAGCAGCAGCAGCAGCAGCUGCUGCUGCAGCAGCAGGAGGAGGAGCGUCUGAAGAGUUUCCUGUCUCCCCUGUUGCAGCUGUACCGAUUCGUGUGCCUUAUGCUGCCAUACAGGCAGCCUUGGCUGCACCUGCUGCCGGUUCCCACUCCAGCCCUGCCAGAGCUGCAGCGUCCCCACCAGCUCACCCUACUGCUGCAGCACCACCAGCCUCCGCGGCACGAGCAGCAGCAGAAGCACCAGCAUCAGAUGCUGAUGGGUCUCAGUCACGCGCGUUGGUCAAUACCUCUCCUGCCGCCGCUGCUAGGUCUUCCCCUGCAAGUGCUGCUGCUUCUGCUGCAGCGGCAGGGGCAGCAGCAGCGGCCUCUAUUCGGGCUGCUGCAGGGGCAGCUGUGGCUUACAAGCGUCACGGCCUGCCUGUGGGAGGCGACUUCCCUGCUACUGCUUCAGACUCCCCUCCCAAGCCACGGCAACUCAAGAAGGCAAAUACCGAAACUCCUCCUGCUUCUACCGUUUCUACUGCGUCUACUGGCGCUGCAGGUGCUGGUUCUGCUGCUGAACCUGGUACUUCUUCUCUAUCUGCGCCAAGUGUGUCUCGACCUUCUUUCCCGCCUGCACAUUGGGGUUCGGGCACGGCAUGGGCGUAUGCUGGGGGUGCGGCCACGGUGGUUGCUGUGGCCACUGUUGCUGUGGCGGCUGCCGUGAUUGCACGAGGUGGACGAGCUGAGUGGCGUGUCUUCGCUACCGCGAUUCUGCGGGCGAACGAGGAGGUGGCGAUGCUGAGCGAGGAGCUGGAGGGCAUGUCGCCCCUCGCGAUCAUGGACCGGGUGUUGGAGCUGUACGGUGUGGAUGCGGCGAUCGCGUUCAGCGGUGCGGAGGACGUGCUGCUGGUGGAGCUGGCGGCGAGCACGGGCCGUCCCUUCCGCGUCUUCUGCCUCGACACGGGCCGCCUCAACCCCGAGACCUACCGCUUCCUCCACCAGGUGGAGCAGCACUACGGAGUGCGCAUGGAGGUGCUGUUCCCGGACGCGGCGGCGGUGGAGCAGCUGGUGGGCGCCAAGGGGCUCUUCUCCUUCUACACGGACGGCCACUUCGAAUGCUGCUCCGUGCGCAAAGUGCAGCCGCUCAAGCGCAAGCUCCGCACGCUGCGCGCGUGGAUCACGGGGCAGCGGCGGGACCAGUCCAUAGGGACACGUGCCAACGUGCCACUGGUGCAGGUCGACCCAGGCAACGAGGGCGCGGGCGGUGCAGUGGGCACCCUAGUCAAAGUCAACCCGCUCGCCCUCGUCUCCGGCUCAGACGUCUGGCACAUGCUGGAGGCUCUCGAGGUCCCUACGAACCCGCUCCACGCGCAGGGCUUCACGUCUAUUGGCUGUGAGCCGUGUACGCGCCCCGUGCUGCCGCACCAGCACGAGCGCGAGGGGCGGUGGUGGUGGGAGGAGGCGGGAAGCAAGGAGUGCGGGCUGCACCAGCCGUCCUCCGGCACUGCUUCUCGUGGCUCCGCUGCUGCUGGUGCUCGUUAUGCUUCCGCCAAGGGCGCUGCUGCUGCGCCCACGGGCGCGUCCGCGGCUGCUGCGCUGUCCGCGCUGGAACUGGCGCCCGUGGCGGGCCCGGGCGCGCUGGCAACGCGCGGGCACACGGGCGUGGGCACGCGCGCUGCUGCUGAGGCGGAGCUGGCGGCCGCGGAGGUGGCGAGGCGGGAGGAGGAGGAGCGGGAGCGGCAGCGGCGGAGAGAGGAGGAGGCGGAGGAUAUCUAUGUGGAUGGGGGCGUGGAGGAGCUGAGUGCACGGGAUGUUGAACUGCUGCUGUCGCCAGCAGCAGCAACAACCCCAGAGGAGCAGCAGAGGGCGGGGGAGCUAGCGGCGUGGUCGUGGCUGGUGGUGGUGUACGCGCCCUGGUGCCCCUUCUGCCAGGCGCUCGAACCCGCUCUGCUGCACACCGCGGGCGUGCUGCGGGGGGAAGAGGGCUCGCGCACACGCGUCGCCAAGUUCAGGGGCGAUCGGGACAUGCGGCAGUUUGCACGGGAGCGGCUGGACGCGGGGUCCUUCCCCACCAUUCUCUCGGUGCGCCCGCGCCAGGGGCAGCAGGCCGCACUGGUGGUGAAGAUGCGUGGGGAGAGGCGUGACUCCGACUCCCUGCUCAACUUCGUCCGGCAGCUCAGCUGA